CAUAAAUGACAACAACAACGAGUGAAAAAAAAAUACCAAUCAUGAAUUGUGAAACGAAACAAAUUAAUUUAUCAACACCGAUUUGUUUAAUUGAAUUGUCAUCUUGUACGCGUGGUUUACAUUCAAUUAAACGUCGUAUACGUCUUGAAUCAUUGGAACAAGAAAAAACAAUUUCAACAAAUCAAUUAAUUCCUUGUUAUCGUUUGGAUGAAACAUUGAUGUUUGAUAAGAAUAAAUAUCCCGAUUCAUUGCUUCAAGCAAUCCAUUGGUUUCGACAAUAUUUCAGUAAUGAUGGUCAGCCAGAUCUAGAUGUCUAUGAUCUAAUGGAAAAAUCACAACUUUUAUGUCCACAAAUUCAACUGACAGAUUUUGCACAUAAAACUUAUCUACAAUUACUUAAAAAUGUUCGAUAUGGACAACGUUCAACUUAUGGUGAAUUAUCCGAAAUGGUAAUGGGUAAUAAUCGUGGUGCUAGAGCCAUUGGAACGGCAAUGAAAAAUAAUCCAUUAAUGAUAAUGAUACCAUGUCAUCGUUUAGUACAAAAAUCCGGUAAUAUUGGUAAAUAUGGUGGUGAAGAAGAUUCAAUGAAACAAUGGCUACUUGAUCAUGAACAGGAUAAUGAUCGUAAUCAACCAGAAAGGAAAAAACAACGGGAAUUUUGAUUUUUUGUUUUUGUUUCGUCGUCACAUCUUAACACAUUAAUCAUAAAUGAACUUGUUUUCCAAAUAAAAUCAUAUAAUAAUUUUAAUAACAACGACAACGGUGUGACGACGAAAAAAAAACAAGGCAUGUUCAUGAAAUACUGGGAAAUAAAUGUUUAACAUAUCCGUUUUUUUUGAAAAAUAGGCUGAAUAGAAAUAGCGAUAAAAAACUAAUCUGAAGACGACAUGUCAUCAAGCAUAAUUACCAUCAUCAUCAUCAUCAUAAUGAUGGUAUCACAGGUGAAAAUAAAUCAGUUUUUUUUUCGUCAUAGUUGUUCGAUGGGUAAAAAUUUCACAGAAAAAAAACGUUUGGUUUAGACCACCACUACAACAACUUGAAAAACUACCCUGGCCAUGGUCAAUUUAAAGCAGAACUAAAAACACAGAGAAGACAGGUUUUCAAUCAUCAUGCUAAACAACAUUGUUGUGUUGUAUCGCCACAGACAAACCAACAUAACCGUCAAAUAUUUGAAUGAAAAUUUUUAAAUUUUCUCACGUUUUCUCAAAUUCUGUGCCAAACCGGAUUAAGAAUAAUGUUCACUAUUCAAUAACUAUAUAUAUUGUCAUAUAAAUUUUUUUUUUGAUUUUGAAUCAACCAUUUGAAAUAAUCAAUUUAUC